GUAGUCGAGAUCCCGUCUAGGAUAAUUUCAGGGAAAUCAACCACAUUGUAGAUGGAUAAAUUUCGGGUGUCAGGGGCACGAAAAACAUCCUAAAUAGGUAGAUUUUUGACAGAUGGUACCCAGGAGGUUGACGGGAGUUUCCUUCACCCCACCCCGCUGGGCUUGAAAGAGGGUGGUGUGGGAAAAGUGAUUCCUAAAAACAUGUCUUCGCUGAGUACACAUUGAAGGAGAGGAAAUUGGGGCUAUCAGUCAGUCCAGCCCUCUCAUGAUCAACUGUGUGACUGGCCUUCGUAUGGUGUAAUUCAAGACAAUUGAAGGGAAUCGCAACUGACAUCCUCCAUGAUCAAUUUACAAAAAAGAGAACGAGAAAAUCGAAGUGACGAACAGAUUCGGAGGGUUUCAAAAAGCAGUGCAAGAAGUAUGCAUAGCUCCAGCCGACAGCCCAAUUCGGGCAACUCCGGGGUCCUUAUGGUAGGGCCAAACUUUCGAGUGGGAAAGAAAAUCGGAUGUGGGAAUUUUGGUGAACUGAGGCUUGGUAAAAACUUGUACAACAACGAACAUGUAGCAAUCAAACUGGAACCCAUGAAAUCCCGAGCCCCUCAGCUACAUCUGGAAUAUCGCUUCUACAAACAACUUGGGCAAGCAGAGGGCAUUCCACAAGUGUAUUACUUUGGCCCAUGUGGAAAGUACAAUGCGCUGGUGCUAGAGUUGCUGGGACCAAGCCUCGAAGACUUGUUCGACCUCUGUGACCGGAAGUUUUCUCUCAAAACAGUCCUCAUGAUUGCCAUACAACUUAUCACCCGAAUGGAAUAUGUCCAUUCCAAACAUCUUAUAUACAGAGAUGUGAAGCCUGAGAAUUUCCUCAUAGGACGGCAGUCUAAUAAAAAACAACAUAUCAUAAACAUUAUAGAUUUUGGUCUGGCCAAGGAAUACAUAGACCCUGAAACUCACAAACAUAUUCCAUACCGAGAACACAAAAGUCUCACAGGAACUGCUCGAUAUAUGAGUAUAAAUACACAUCUUGGUAAAGAACAAAGUCGGCGGGAUGAUCUGGAAGCACUAGGUCACAUGUUCAUGUACUUUCUGCGAGGGAGUUUACCAUGGCAGGGUCUCAAAGCAGAGACACUCAAGGAACGAUAUCAGAAGAUAGGUGACACAAAGCGUGCGACACCCAUCGAGGUGUUAUGUGAAAACUUUCCAGAAGAAUUAGCAACAUAUUUACGCUACGUCCGACGAUUAGACUUCUUUGAAACCCCGGAUUACGACUACCUUAGGAAGCUGUUUACAGAUCUCUUGGAAAAAAUGGGCUGGGACUGUGAUUGGGAAUUUGACUGGGUUGGCAGGCAGCUGGCCACCCCAGUUAGUUCCAUUGCUGCCGAUUCUGGCAUCUCCCCCAAUAAUAAAGAUGUUGGGCGAGAUCGGCACGGUGCUGCCACAACUAAGGUAAGAAAGCAGAGUGGUAAUCAAAGGGGGCAUGCUUGGGGAGAGCAGCCCCGAUUUCUGGGCACUAACCUGGCCGCAGAUAGACAUGGGGGUUCCGUUCAGGUGGUUAGCUCAACGAAUGGAGAACUGGCAACAGAUGACCCUACAGCUGGCCACUCCAAUACACCCAUCACAGCUCAGGCUGAAGUUGAAGUGGUCGACGAAACUAAGUGCUGUUUCUUCAGGAGACGGAGGAAAAAGAAGAACCGUCAGGCGUAGCAUUACUACACUGGAUCUCUCCUUCCCCACACCCAGGGGCUAGGCUCUACAUGUAGAUAUCGCUACCCACACCCAAUCUUCCUCCUCCUACACACUUUAUUACUUUCGUUUCAAUGCAUCAUAGAAAAAUUUAUUUGUAUGUUUUACUUACUGGACUUAGUUGACUUUACUGCUAUUGUUUGUACGUUACAAAGCUUGUGUUCCCAGAACUCAAGCAGGGAUGACAUCACUGUGAUUGCACUGGCAGUGGUUGGUGCGCGGGGGUGCAUGGAUUUGUUCAUUACCACACUCUGUUGUUGCACACAGGUGCUGUUGCUUUUACCGCCGAAAGAAGCGACGGAAAGAAAAGCGGCCAAAAUGACUGUUGGCCUUUAAGCAGGCUCGAGACAUGGUUCCUUUGAAAACACCGCCAGGGUCUGCAAAUAGCAUAGAAGAGGAUGAUAGUAAGAAAAGUGCCCCUACUCAAGGGGUUUGUAACAGUGGCUACAUGACUAGAGUUUGACAGGAACUGGAUUUUCUGCGGUACUGUAUCUUUGUGCUUAUACAACUGCAUUCUUUGUCUUCUCAAAAGCUGUACAGCUGUGAGAUGCAUAUGUACCAGAGAGGAUCACAUUACUGUUAAGCUAAACACUGCUGCAAAUGUUUUCUUUGUUUUAUUAUUGCUUUGUCCUGAAAAUUUGAUUGUCACUCUUUGUAUAUUUGUCACAACUACUCAUUCAAAAACUAAUGUAUUGUCAGACUGCGUUUUUUGAUAAUUGUAUGAUGUUUAUAAUUCUUUUUUGUGAUUUAAUGAUAAUCAUGAAAAUGUUAAGCUCCUAGGUAUAUCAUUUAGAUGUCAGCAACAAAUCAAGCUUCGGUAUAGAGUUCUGCCAUAAAUAGAGCUUGAGGGUACAUUGUAAUUUGAUAAAGCAGGUUGAAGAGAGGAGGAGGGGGUAUGCUAUUUCAGACUGGAUGCUGUCAUUCUAGGGAACUUUGCUUGCUACACAUGUGAGUGAAAGAGUUAAGAAUACAAACUGACAUAUGUUUAUGUACAUGUACCAGUUUUCACAGAUCUAUUGAAUAUCAUGGGUACCAUUAAAACAUGUAGUUCUUGUUAUUAUCUGUAUUGUUGUUUAAGAGAUAGAUGACCUAUAAAGUGACAAAUCAUCGAUAUUAUAUGUACUAAAAUAAAGUAUCCCACGUAGAAUUUGUUUAUGGAAAAAGUGUCAGAGUUUCUAACUAGAAUAUUUGUUGCCAUGAUGACCGUCUUAUACACAAUCUACCUGUAAAAAAUCAUUUGUAGAAGAGGUGUUGUGCUUUGUUUUUCAUGCUUUUAGGUAGCCCUUGCUUGGAUAUUGCAUUUUCAGUACAGCUUAUCUAGAACAGAAUUAUACUUGACUGUAGGCUACCUACAGAGGACGUGUACAGUUCCAAUUGCCUAACAUACUGUAUAUUGUUAUCUCCCCAUAGGGAUAUGUGACCUGCUUAAAAUUCCCCUUUUUUUUUUGUGGCUGACAAAUUAAACGUAGAAAAUCCAAGUGCUUUUGUUUACAUAAAUUGUUAGAUUUAUUGAGGAGAGAAAGGAAAGGAAACAAAAAAACAUGUCUAUUAACCAUACAUAGCUUGGCCUAAAUCUGUAGCAUUUUAUGUGAAGGCACAGAAGAAUUCUUCAGCUGACAGCUAUUUGAAGUCUGACCAUCACUGGACAUCCAGGUUAAACCAUUAAUCUUUGGUGAUAUUUCAUUAUGGAGACCUACAUGUAAGUACCUGAGGUUUUUUUUAGAUACACAAAGAAAAAAAAUAAAUUUUAAGCUGACAUGUCGACUGCAAAUAUACAUAUAAAUUAAAAGUUUAGUUUUGAAUUUUAACCUCGAGAUAUGACAAGUUUAUUUCCAUCAAACUUAAAAAAAAAUAAACUAGAGAACAGAGAUAGGUGUAAUUUUGUAGCUGGUACUGCAAAAUUACCUAAAUCUCUUUGCUGGAAGAUUUCCCCUAGACAGAACUAUUGUGUAUUUAUCUUUUUCUUUUUUUUUGGACUGCUCUGUAAACUAGAUCAGUACUUGUUACCGCUUGCCAGCGCGCACAUUGUAAAUAAUUUGUCCAGCCUGUGUAUUAUUAGGCCUUGAAUGUGAGUUUGAAUGUGUAAAUGAGAAUUGAAUGAUAGACUGAGGGACUGAUAUUACUUGGGAAGAUUGGCCUGUACUUGUGUGUGGGAACAUCUCACCUGGACAAAACACCUGUAAAUACAACAUCAAUCACUGCUCUUAUGUCAGUGAUAUAUACAUGUACCUACCUUGUGCUAGCUUAAUCAGAACCCUGUAUAACUGACCUGACAUACACAUGUAUGCUGUGUUUGUUGCACUGGUCAGACACAGAAAUCUAUGUAAAUUUGUGGCCGUGAAUCAAUUUUGUGAUGAUAUCCAUGCAAUAGUUGACCCUUGGGUGUCAAAGGUUUGCUUAACCUUUACACAGGACACCUGCAGUUCACCGACCGCCUGUGUGAUUGUUUGUAAUAUUGAACACUUACAUAUACAAAAUUUGUUAUGUAAUUGUUCUAAAAACACUUUUUUUUAUCGUCUUUUAAUAUCUUUAUUAUAUGCACAUCAACCUGUUUUAUUGUGAUCUGAUGACCAUACAAAUAAUAUUUCCAAUUUUGCGUGAUUAAAUGGGAGGGUAACUUAGGCAUGGAGGGUUGGGAUGUGUAACUGGGGUUGGAUUGGGGGAGGGAAAUAUUCACAGCUGUCUGUACAUUUUGUUGCCAAGUAUUAAAUAUUGUUUUAUAUAUUAAAUUCAUGAUUUUGUUAAAAUCAUUGGAUAAGUAAUUAUAUGGAAGGUAAAUUGUCAAGAAUUUAUUUUGUAUCUAAUGUUUGUUCAGUGUCCAAGCUGACCAUAAAGUGAAACAUCUGUAAUUGACUGUAAUAGAUUCAGACAGAACAUCCUCUUUAUACAUGUAUUAUACAACAGUACUUGUAGGGCACUACAUACACUGUUUGCAUGUGUUUGGCAACAAUUAUGUUUCUCUUCUAUUGUAAAUAACUAGUCCUGACAAUAAAGCUUCGAAGGAUAUUGAC